AUGGCUUUCAUGCACAAAGAAUGGAAGGCCGGAUUCCAUGUACCAGAGUUGGAGGUGGCAGCCAAAAGGUUGUUCUUUACCAAAGUUCAACGCAAAAUUGUUCCUAGAGAAACUAAGAGGGAAGAGGCUUAUGUUUGUUGGAGAUUCCAUUCAUCAAAAUCAGUGGAUGUCCCUGGUUUGUUUGGUUCAAUCCGCCAUUCCAGCUGGCAAGAAGAGGACGAGCUUUUCCACCUACAGGAACCGUUUCAUCAUCCAGGUUAA